AUGACAAAAGAGGGUGCUAGAGAAAAGGUUGCGUUAAUUGGAUCUGGAAAUUGGGGUACAGUGAUCUCAAGGAUUAUUGGAGGAAAUGUUACAAAGUAUAAUGAAUUCCAACAAGAAGUGAAAAUGUGGGUCUUUGAAGAAAUAAUAAAUGGAAGAAAACUUACUGACUUGAUAAAUGAAAAGCAUGAAAAUGUUAAAUAUUUACCCGGCUUUGCAAUUCCUGAGAACGUUAAAGCUGUUCCUGAUUUAUUGGAUGUAGUCAAUGAUGCUACAAUUUUAGUAUUUUGCAUUCCUCAUCAGGCAGGAAUUCGCCCAAUGUCAGAAGUUAUCAACAAGUCUCUCAGUAUAUCAGUUUGUAGCUUAAGUGGUGCCAACAUCGCAAAUGAAAUUGCAGAAGAAAAGUUUUCUGAAACUACGAUCGGAUUUAAUAAUGUGAUAGCCAUUGGUGGCGGCAUUGUUGAUGGUCUAAAACUGGGCGAAAACACUAAAGCUGCGAUUAUUAGAAGUGGCUUUUUGGAAAUGAAAAAAUUUAUCAAAUGGUUUUAUAGUGGAAUCAAAGACGAAACCUUUUUCGAAAGUUGUGGUAUCGCUGACGUCAUUGCCACUAGUUAUGGCGGUAGAAAUAGAAAAGUCGCAGAAUCAUUUGUUAUUACUGGAAAGCCUUUUGACCAAUUAGAGAAAGAACUUCUCCAAGGUCAAAAAUUACAAGGAACAUUAACAGUAAAAGAAAUUAACAGGGUUUUGUCGCGUAAAGGAUUAAAUGAUGAAUUUAAAUUGUUUACAACAAUUUACCGAAUUGCAUUUGAGGGCUUGCCUCCAAAAUCUAUUGCAGAAGAUAUUAUUUAA